CCACACAUGCAUUUACUCUUCUCCUUCAGUUGAACAUAUACUUGUUCGCUACUUUCUCAAAUAAAUCUAUUCUUUGAGUAUUAAUCAUAGUGAUCUUUACCUAAAGGAGUUGAGUUUGAAUAUGUUGAAGUGUAGCUCCGUGGACGGGUUUAAGCAGAGAUGUAGUUGGGAAACCAUCCAGAGCGAUGAACGAGGAUUAUUCUCCGCCUGGUUAACUGAGGUGGUGAAAUCAAACCCUGGAGCCGUUGAAAAUCUUCGUCAGUUCUCCUCCGAGGAGGAGAGAGUUCUGUUUAUCUCGUCCUUGAAUAAGGUUGACAGAUUUAUAGUUCAACCAAUCUACAAGGUGAAAGACAAAGAGGCUGCAAAGAUAAAGCGUGAUGAAGGAAACACAGCUUACCACAAGAAGUGGUACAAGCAGGCCCACAUGAUGUAUAGUAUGAGUGUGGUAAAAGCUCCACAAGGAGAUGAUAGUCUAGCAUAUUCACUGGCGAACAGAUCGGCUUGUCUUUACUAUUUAGGGGAGAUAAAUCAGUGUAUUUCGGAUGCAAACCUUGCUCUUGUCUCCGGGUACCCUGUUCAACUUCAAUACAAGCUCCAUGAGAGACUUGCAAAGUGCUAUAUUCUACUGAAGGAUAAGGAAAAUGCUGUUCAGAGCCUACGCGUUGCCAAAAAAAUGCUUGAGAAAAACAAAGGAAAGAUGGACAAGGAAAAAUAUCAGUCCUCGAUGAAAAAUAUUUUAAAACUUGGAAACUCUUUUGCUGAUCCGAGCGGGGUGAAGUUUGAUAAUAUCACCGUGGUUAAAAAUGUCGAACCUGAAAAUCACAAGGUUUCUGCUAAACCUGACAAGAAACUCAAGGAGUUCAGUUCUCUUCUCAAGGUUGAUUACAACCCUGAAGUUGGAAGACACGUGAAAGCUGACAAACUUGUCAGACCCGGAGACACGUUAGUGGUCGAGGAACCUUUCGCUUCAGUCCUGUACCCGGAGAAACUUGGAACCAAUUGUGACUUUUGCUUUGAAAAACUACGGGCAGUAGUUCCAUGUCCGGAUUGUUCUGGAGUCGGGUUCUGUAGUAAGGACUGUAGGGAUAAGGCCUGCUCAUCCUACCACAAGUAUGAAUGUAAAUAUCAGGAUCUAGUAAUAGGAUUAGGAGGAUCAGCGCUUGUAAGACUAGCACUGAGAAUUAUAACCUCCCACCCUCUAGACUACUUCAAGAAGAUAAGACACCAUUUAAACGUUGAUGUUGAAUCUCGUGAGUUUAAACUCCCCUACCUCUACGUCUUUAAUCUUGUUGGUUUAGAUGAGGAACGCUGGACUGAAGAUAUGUUUUCUCGAACCCUAAUGGCGGUCGGAUUACUCAAAAUUCUAAAAUCCGCGAAAUAUUUUCCGGAGAAAAGUGAACCCGACAUAUUCACGGACGACGAGGUUUUUAUUGGUUCUCUUCUGCUCCGACAUCUGAAUAUUCUUCAAUUUAACGCUCAUGAGGUUUAUCAACUGCUAAGGGGGAGUAGGGAGCAGAUGAAACCCUGUAAAAACAUUAAGAUCGGACUAGCAGUUUAUCCUAAAGCGUCAUAUUUUAAUCAUUCCUGCCAUCCUCACAUAGCCAGGAUAAACGUUGGAAACAAGCUUAUUGUAAAAUCAUUGGUUCGAGUAGAGAAAGGAGAAGAGGUUUGUGACAACUAUGGACCUGUUUACUAUUUCAAGUCCAAGGAAGAUAGGCAGAAGGAACUAUCUUCAAGAUACUGGUUCCAGUGCAAGUGUAAACCCUGCUCCGAGGACUGGCCCCUGCUGGGACACAGCUCCGACCCAACCUGGAGAAAUAAGAAGGACGAGGGAAAACUAGAUUUCCUUGUCUCGUUGUAUAAAUGCGGCUCAGACUUCAUAGACCAUGGGCAGAGACAGGAGGCGGUUCAGAGUUUGGUUGAGAGUAUAGACGGGUUGUAUGAGAUAGUUUCUCCGCCCCUGGAUUCAUUAACAAGAGCAGAGGAUAAACUCCGAACCUGUUGUAAUGAUAUGGGUACAGUUAUAUACUCAGAUACGGCGCUUAAAUUCAACCCGGAGGAGAAAAGCGGAAAUCUAAUGACAAAAUAAGUUUUUAAAAUUAUUUAUUCAAAUAUAUUUUCAAAUUCUG